AUGAAUGCAGGGAUCCAGAACGAAGACCGCAGACCCUCGUCCGGUAGCAUGCGGCGAGAUGUCGAGCGCGCCCGCCGCCGCUCCAGUAUUCGCAUGAACCUGAAUCUUGCAGACCCGGGCAUGCCUGCGCCGGGCGAGAUGCAGAGGCGGGGGAGGGAGGGGGGCGAGAGGGAAAGGGCGCCGAGCCUGGGCGAACUGCAUCAGGAGCUGGAAUAUGAGCAGGAGGGACAGGUGAACCGUCUCCUGAGCAUGAUCCGCACCCAACAGUCCCAAAUCAACACCCUCCAAGCCACCCAGCACCCUCACCCCUCCUCGUCCUCCGCCGUAGACGACAACGACACCCCCACCUCCGAGCGCUCCAUGUCCAUCCCACCGCCCUCCCAACCACACUCCACAUACGCCCCCCAGUCCGCCAUCUCACCUCUACCCCGCUCGCGCUCCCCCUUCCCCAUGAGCAUCAGUCGCCAAUCCUCCUUCGCAGACCGCUCACGAGGCGGAAGCCAGCUCGGCUCGCCCGCCCUGCGCCCCGUAUCGAGCCAAGCCAGCGGCCCGCACGACCACGACAUGCUGCCCAGCUCCGCCGCGUCAGCAACAGGCAGAGACGAGAGCGCCUUCUACCAAGCCGAGACGCAGAACCUGACGCGCGAGAACCAGAUGUUGAAGGGCAGGAUACGCGAACUAGAACGCCAACUCUUGGACAUGAAUCCUACGAGCCAGAUCACGCAUUCGCCCGCCGUUUCCUCGGGCCUGGGCGUGCAAGAUGGGGCGUCGGGCGCGGACCAACCGCCCCCUUCUUCUUCAUCGGCCACGGAGUAG